AUGGUGAUUGCCAUUGCCGCCACCUCCAAGCUCGGGGCUGUACCGGCGCUCAUCAACUCGGCACUUCGAGUUAAGUAUCAACCACAGGCACGGCCGCUGACCCUGUCCCGCUUUCCCAUUGUUCCCAAGUUUCCCAAGACUCAAGACAAGAAGACAGUCCCACAUCUCCACAUCCCCACGUUCACGCACCCACCUCCCUCCACCUCCGCAUCCUUCCUCACCUUGAGACGCCACGCCACGACUGCACAACUGACCCCUCGCAGCCCAAACGUUCAGCUACGCCGUGAAGAUCUCUACGCUGCUGCCUACGACGCAGGGCCUCGGGCUUCUCGUCUCCUCAAAGACGUCGGAACUCUGAUAUUCACCUCGGGGACCAGCGGGAAACCAAAAGCUGUCGCGGUCAAGAAUUUCCUCCUGGUUGUCGUCUCAACGCCAUUUACUGUCGACGCGGAGAAUGCAGCGAGAUAUCUGCCCCUUCUGGCGCUCGGGAACGGUCUUCACCGCGACGUGUGGAUCAAGUUCCAGAAGAGGUCCCGUAUCCCUGAGAUCCGCGAGGUCUACCGCUCCACCGAGGGCGUCGCCAAGUUCGACAACUUCACCCACCGCAAAGUGGGAGCAGACAUGGUCGGCUUUGCUAGACCGGUCAAGCUCUACUCCGAGAAAGAUGUCUUCCUGGUCAAGUACGAUCCUUCGACGCAGUCGCUAUACCAGAACCCUAAGACUGAAUUCUGCGUGCUCUCCAAGGCCGGAGGACCAGGAGAGGCAAUCGGCCGUGUUCGGUCCAUGGAUUUUUACAACGAGUACUAUAACGAUCCUGCUGCUACGCAGCUCAAGCUGGUAUCUGACCUCUUUGAGAAGGGAGAUUUAUUUUCAGCGAACUGGUGA